AUGGCCUAUCGGAUUCUCAAUCUUAGAUUACAACCACGUCUUCCAAGACCAAUCUUUACCGUAAACCAACAGCAGACUCGUAGCUUGAUGGCCUCUCAAAGUACUUCUGCUCUUCAUCUCGACGAGGUGACGGGCGAAAUGGUCUCCAAGACCGAAUUGAAGAAGCGCAAGGCCGCGAGGGAGCGCGAAGAGAAGAAAAGGGCGGCAGCAGCGGCCGCUCCUCCCAAGCCUGAAAAAGCGCAAAACGAUGAUGAUCUUCCACCUCACCUUUACUACGAAAAUCGCUCCAAGCAAAUCCUCGAGCUUCGAAACUCGCGGAAUCCGGACCCAUAUCCACACAAGUUUAAUGUCACUACCUCAUUGACCGAUUAUAUCGAAAAGUAUGGUCCGGAGGGAGUCAUCGCUCCCGGAACCAAGCUCGACGGGCCUAUCCAUAGCGUUGCUGGCCGUGUUCACGACGUGCGAAGAGCUGGCAAGCAUCUUAUAUUCUACGAUCUUCGUGGAGAAGGUGUCAAGAUUCAGGUCAUGGCUGCCUCACAAGAUGCCAAGAGCGUCGAAGAAUUUGAGAAGAGUCAUGAACUCAUCAAGCGUGGAGACGUAGUUGGUGUCACCGGUCGUCCGUCUCGUACUCAAAAGGGCGAAUUGUCCAUCUCCCCCUCGGAGAUUGUCCUUCUCACGCCCAAUCUUCAUCAGCUACCCAAAAGUCACUUUGGAUUGAAAGAUGUAGAGACUCGAUAUCGCAAGCGAUACCUGGACCUCAUCAUGAACGACAACACGCGCCACAUCUUUGUGACUCGCUCCAAGGUUGUCAACUAUAUCCGAAGAUUCCUCGACUCUCUUGGUUUCCUUGAGGUAGAAACGCCCAUGAUGAACAUGAUUGCUGGAGGCGCUACAGCCAAGCCCUUUGUUACUCACCACAACGACCUCAACCUUGACUUGUUCCUCCGUGUAGCUCCAGAGCUGUACCUCAAAAUGCUCAUUGUUGGUGGCCUCGACCGAGUAUACGAAAUAGGGCGUGUCUUCCGUAACGAGAGCAUCGACAUGACGCAUAACCCAGAAUUUACCGUCUGUGAAUUCUAUAUGGCGUAUGCGGACAUGCACGAUUUGAUGGAAAUCACCGAGGUCAUGGUCACCGGCCUCGUCAAGCAGCUUACUGGCGGUACUAAAAUCGUAUACCAUCCCGACGGCAAGGAAGUCAAGGACGGAAAGGAGCCUCGUGCGCUGACCAUGGACUUUACGAGACCGUGGAAGCGCUACGACAUGAUUGAGACUUUGGAGGAGAAGCUCAAUGUCAAGUUCCCUCCCGGAGAGCAAUUCGACAAGCCGAGUACACGUGAUUUCCUUGAUGCUCUAUGUGUCAAGCACAACGUAGACUGCAAGGCUCCUCGAUCGACAGCCCGACUUCUCGACAAGCUCGUCGGAGAGUUUAUCGAGCCGCUGUGUAUCAACCCCUCUUUCAUUGUCGGACAUCCCCAAAUUAUGUCGCCUCUCGCUAAGCGGCAUCGUGACAGACCGGGAUUGUGCGAGCGGUUUGAAGGGUUCAUGUGUGGCCGCGAAUUCUGCAAUGCCUACACAGAGUUGAACGAUCCCUUUGAUCAGAGAGAACGUUUCGAGGAUCAAGUCAAACAAAAGGAAGCCGGUGACGAUGAGGCUCAAGGGAUGGACGAGACCUAUAUCAACGCGUUAGAACAUGGACUUCCUCCUACCGGUGGAUGGGGAUUGGGUAUUGAUCGUCUGAUAAUGUUCCUGACAGACUCCACGAACAUCAAAGAGGUCUUGUUAUUCCCGGCUAUGAAGCCAGAAGUGGGAGGGGCUACUGCGCCGCCGGCAGAGACGCCCAUUGCGUCUACAUGA